AUGGAGGGUGCAUUACAUGAAUCUGUUCCCGAGGUUGUGCGGAGACUACUCCGACGUCGGAUGCCGCCAGCUACGCCGUGGUAUACCUUUACCCAUGGGGAUCUUAGCUAUCGCAAUAUCAUGGUAAAGGAUGGCUGUGUUACUAGAAUCAUUGAUUGGGAGAAAGCUGCGUACAUGCCUUUAUGGUGUGAGUCUCUUUGUGUCUCAUUCUCGGGUUGUGAGGAAGAUGAAGCCUGGAAGAUGUUGUUGCGCAACUGCAUGCCUGGUUAUGAUGCUGCAUACAGCUUUUGGCACCAGUAUCACUAUCUCUGUCUCGAUCCGAACAUAUGUGGAAGGCAUCUCAUCGACGAAGCCGAGCGUGAGGCUCGUAUGAAUGAAUAA